AAAUGAAGAGGGGUGAGACAGGAAUCGUGACAAUGCCAGUAAGAUGGCAUCAGCACAUGACAGAGCCGUACUCCAGGCAAUAUUCAACCCCACCACCCCCUUUGGAGACAUCCCAGGCCUGAACCAAGAGGAGGAAUUAAUUGAUGAUGACAGUGGCUUUGACACAGAGUUGCUGAAGCAAGUGAAAGAGUUGGAGAUGCAGGGUGUCUCGGCAGCAGAGGCUGGGGAUUUGCAAGCUGCACUUCAACUGUUCAGCCAGGCAAUCCAGAUCCUGCCUCAGCGAGCCUCAGCCUAUAACAACCGGGCACAGGCCCUGCGGCUGCAGGGAAACACAGCAGGAGCCCUGGAGGAUCUGGACCAAGCCAUUUCUCUGAGUGGCGACACUGGACGAACUGCCUGCCAGGCACUGGUGCAGAGAGGCCUUUUACGUAGAUUAGCAUGUCAGGAUGAUGGAGCCAGAGCAGAUUUUGAGAAAGCAGCUGCGCUUGGAAGUGAAUUUGCUCGACAACAGGCUGUGGUUCUUAAUCCCUAUGCAGCCCUGUGCAACAAAAUGCUAUCAGAGGUGAUCAACAAACUACGUAACCCUGAAGUGUCUGGGAUGCAGUAGUUGAUGUUGACAAUUUGUCACUUGUUCACCUUCUCUGUUUUGAAGUCCUUGGUUAAUAAAAGAACAUUUUUCUA